AUGAUACGUUGCAGACAAGCACAGGUGAUCUUGAGGCGGAGCAUGGCGACGAGGGCGUUUGCAUUUGAGACUGGAAACGGCGAGCAGUACGUGGCUCGCGAGGCCAACCAGCACUACCAGCAGCAGCGCCCCGGGUUCAAGGGCGUGACGUUUGCGCAGCAGGGGAAGUUGCCGUCACUGCCGGUGCCGGCACUGGGUGAGACGCUGCAGCGGUACCUCCAGAGUGUGGAGCCGUUGUGCGGUAGCCAGGAGGAGCUGGCGCGGCAGCGCGAGCUGUGCGCCGAGUUUGAGGCGGGGGCGGGCCAGGAGCUACACGCGCGGCUGGAGGCGUUUGCGCGGGACAAGCGCAACUGGAUGAGUGAGUUCUGGGACAACCAGUCGUACCUGGAGUACAACGACCCGAUUGUACCGUACGUGUCAUACUUCUACGGGCACCGGCCGCUGGCGGGCCCGCAGCGGGUGCUGGAGCAGGACCACCUGGUGAAGGCGACGGCGCUGGUGAGCGCGGUGGUGAAGUUCAUCGAGGUGCUGAAGGACGAGGCGUUGCCGGCGGAGCAGGUGCGAGGCGCGCCCUUCUGCAUGAACAGCUUCAACCUGAUGUUCAACACGUCGCGGCUGCCGGGCAAGGGCCGCGACAGCAACGUGUUCUACUCUCUGUACGAGAACGACUUCAUCACAGUGGCCUACCGCGGGCAGUUCUACAAGGUGGUGACGCACGAGGGCGGGCGGCCGCUAGGGCCGGGCGCGAUUUGGCAGCAGCUGUACGACGUGGUGAACAAGGCGGCAGUGGGCAAGGGCGCCGGCGACCACGCUGGCGUGGGCCUGUUGACGACGCUACCUCGUGACGAGUGGUACGUGGCACACAGGCACUUGGAGGUGAACGCAGUGUCCAGGGCCUCGCUGGAGACGAUCCACAGGUCGUCCUUCCUGCUUGCGCUAGACACGGACCAGCACCCUAUUUCGCUCGAGGACAAGGCGCACAACAACUGGCACGGUGACGGCGUGAACCGCUUCAACGACAAGGCGCUGCAGUUCUUUGUGUGCGGCAACGGCGUGUCGGGGUUCCUCGCGGAGCACUCCAAGAUGGACGGCACCCCUACUCUCUUCUUGAACCAGUAUGUGAUGUCCGAGCUCAGCCGCCUGGACGCUGCGGACUUUAUCAACCAGAUCAAGACCACCGCACCAGGGAGCAACUACCAGCCAAAGCACCUGCCUUUUGUGGUGACCCCUGCGCUGCAGGAGAUGAUCAGGGAUGCGGAGGGACAGUUCCGCGACGUUAUCGGCGAGCACGACCUACGCGUCUGGAACUAUGUCAAGUACGGCAAGAAAGCUAUUAAGGCCUUCGGCUUCUCGCCAGACGCAUAUAUUCAACAGAUCAUCCAGCUAGCCAUCUACAAGUAUGUGGGCAGACAAUUGCCAACCUACGAGGCUGGGUCGACCAGAAAGUUCUUCAAGGGUAGGACCGAAGCGGGCCGCGGCGUUUCUCCGGCCUCCGCCAAGUUUGUGAAGACUUGGCAGUCGCCGGAAGCAUCUCCAAGUGAGAAGAUUGCUGCUCUACGUGAGUCUGCUAAGAACCAUUCGUCGCUGCUAAAGAUGGCGGCGGACGGCCAGGGUGUUGACCGCCACUUCUUCGGUAUGAAGAACAUGUUGCGUGAUGGCGAGGAGCAUCCUGCACUCUUCCGCGACCCGCUGUUCCAGCACUCCUGCACGUGGUAUGUGUCUACCAGUCAGCUAUCUUCGGAGUACUUCGAGGGAUACGGCUGGUCGCAGGUGAACGAAAAUGGCUUUGGUCUGGCGUACAUGAUCAACAAUGACUGGUUACACAUCAACAUUGUUACAAAGCCUAAGAAGUCGGGCUAUAGUGUGCACGAGCUUCACUACUACUUGACCGAAGCAGCAAACGAGAUGUACGAGUUGCUAUCGAACGAGACCAAGGUUAGCUCGAAGUUGUAA